AUUGCCACAAAACUGAUAAUCAGAGCAAUCGCAAACCAUAAACUGUUUUACAGUUUAGAAGACAAUGUUUCUUCGAUUUUGUACCAUGAUAUCAUUGGUCCUCCUAGGAUUUGGCGUUGCCUUUUCGCUGGGACAGAAUUACACAGAACCUCUUGUUUUGGAGGGAAAGUGUCUGGUGGUUUGCGACGCGAACCCGUCUGUAGAGGGAGCAUUGACCUCUUCCUUCGGGAUAUCUGUCCGGGCAAGCGGUGCUAAAGUGGCUUUCUCUGCACUCAGGGGAACGAACCACGAACCAUCUGAUAUGAGCAAUACGUCUCCGACCAUCUACUUUGACCAGGUAUUAGUGAACAUUGGCAACCAUUUCAAGCUGCAAGCGAGUGUAUUUCAAGCACCAAGAAGAGGCAUUUACAGUUUUAGCUUCCAUGUGGUGAAGGUUUACAACCGACAGACUAUACAGGUAAACUUGAUGCACAACGAAUACCCUAUAAUAUCAGCUUUCGCCGGGGACCAUGAUGUCACUCGAGAGGCUGCGAGCAAUUCAGUCCUUCUGCACCUGGAACGAGAGGACAAACUCUACUUGAAGCUUGAGAGGGGGGAUCUAAUGGGUGGCUGGAGGUACUCAACGUUUUCUGGAUUCUUGGUGUUUCCACUCUAAUCACAACUCUCAAAUCAAGUGACUCUUUUUUAUUUUCUUGGCCACCCAUCUCUGGACUUAAAUUAUGAAGAAAUGUAUAACUGACUGUGAGAUAAAGUAGGCUAUUUUGGCAAUUUAUGACGAAAUUAUUCCGUGCUAUGAGGUUGGGAUUUGUAUUGCUGAAUGUGACUGAUUGUUGGUAUGAUAUUAUAUGAACUGCGAAGAGUAGCCUAUUCAAGCGUUUGUCAGGUGCGCCCAUUCAGUAGCUAUCCAUGGUCCUGAAACCGUAGACACGGUAGCUGUCUGUUGAAACCACAAAACGCAUCUCAAGCGUACAGAGCCAAUAGGUGGCAAUUGAGUGUUGGCUCUAGUGUCAACGUUGUUGCAGUAGUGCCAUUGAAAUAUUGUAAUCAAAUAACAUUUUCCAAAGGUAUGCAAAUGCAGGCUAGCUGGCAUUUGGACCUAUAUUGCACAUUGAUACAGUGUUCAUUGGUUCAUAGGUUUAGUCCAGUCUUAGUCACUUUGUAAUCACAUCCAAAUCAAAUCAAAUGUUAUUGGUCACAUACACGUGUUUAGCAGUUGUUAUCGCAGGUUUAGCGAAAUGCUUAUGCUAGUUCUGACAGUGCAACAUUAAGUCACAUUUGUGUCAUUUGAAUAAUGAUUAAGUCUGGUCAUUGUCAAACAGUGCGCCAUUUUCGUAAACUAAAUUCCCUUUAAUUUCAGUCACAUUUUAGUCACAUCACAUUUGUAUUGUCUCAUUAACCUAUAGUAAACAUAAAUCACCGACUCCCAUGUGCACAAACAUACAUAACCUUGUCCCACCAACAUAUUUUUUCUGCAUAACAUAAUAUCAUAUUCCCUUCCAAACAGCAGAAAAAUGACAAACAUAUAUUAGAAUAUAUAAUGAUUAUCUGGCCAUUCCUAAUUCAGCCUACAUAUCGGCAAAGUAGUAUGGGUUGAACCUCCGUCACUGGGCCGCGUCAGUGCCAUUGCAAUCAACGUUCCACAGACGUUGCAGCCACGUUGGUGUCCAAAAGUAGAACGGGGGCUAAUGACUUUGAACGGGAUCUAAUUCAUGUUUUGCCCAGUGAUGCAGUCGAGUCACUAAAACCCAAGUCCGAAUUGAGUCCCAAGUCCCCUGUGCUCGAGUCCAAGUCUGAGUCACCAAUGUUGGUCGAGUAACGAAUGGAGUCACGAGAAAAAAAUGUCGUCAAUAAAUUGCUUGCUAUCCAUUUCUAUUUUUUUCUGUACCACCAAAUGUGUGCAUAUCUGCUACUGGUAACGUUAAUGUUACCAGGGCCACGUUCAGUUGCAAAACUUUCUCGAACAUUGCAGACAGUUCCAGUCGGUAUUCACGUAGUAAUAAUAAAGAAUUCCCUUGACCCACGACAACAAAUUGGGUAAAACCAACAUUCUUUCCUAUUGAAAUAACAAAACAUGCCGAAAAGCUGCUGUGUUGUUUUAUGUAGCCAGGUCAAAAGUCCUGACCUACGGCUCUGUAAAGCUCCAAAGUAGGGAAAUAAAGCCUGUGAAAAGAUGAAUCCUUAGACAUGUUGUACUAUUAUUAAAUGUCGUUUUGUAAUUGACUAAAACAAGCAGACUAACAAUAAUAUUGCGUUUGAAAACGGUCAAGUUUUUGCUGUGAGCUAAUGGGGAAACCUAGGUAACCUGUUAGUUUUCAACACAGAUAGGUAGGCCGCACAGUUAUAUCUAAUAAGGAGUGGGUCUAU